CAAUACUGUACAUAAUCCUGGCGUAGAGACAGCCUUGUGCGGUAUAAUGUCAACCUUCGUCGGUCAUGCUCGCGGAAUGCUUCAGAUUCAAAUGGCACUGUUGGAAGACAUGGUUGUAAAUGCGAAGAAUAACAAGGAGAAAAGUCUCUUACCUCUUAUCGUCAGUAAUCACGUUGGGAUAUUAACAUACGCGAAACGCGUCGCGUAUGCGAUGCAAGAGAUAUGUUUUUUGGAAGUAACGACCACGACUCUUCUUAUAUGCACGAUGGAAUAUCUUUCUAUUAUGGCGUGGAGAGACGUUGAUUUGAUAGCGCUCGGAACAUACAUUGGAACGUGGAUUUCGAUGACUCUGAAUAUGUUCGUAAUUUGUCACGCAGGCGAUCUUCUUGUCGAAGAGGGCGAAAAAUUUGGUGAAGCGACUUACAAUAUACAAUGGUACAACCUACCAGAAAAGAAGGCCCAGGACUUAAUAAUUCUGAUUGGUAUAUCGAGAUAUCCGCCGAAACUUAUGGGUGGGAAGAUAUUCGAAAUAUCAAUAGACACAUUCAGCUCUGUGAUUAGAUCAUCGUUUGUGUAUUUGAAUUUGUGUCAAACUGUUGCCGAAUGACUGUUUCUGAUUAGAGAUUAUUUCUCUCUCGUUUCCAAAUAAUGUUGGCUUUUUAGAAAACGGAUAAACAAAUUUUGAAAGUUAUAAAUUGUUUGCAGAAAGAGAAAAUAUUUCCAAUGCGCGAUGGUUGUAGUUAACUAUUUCAGUAGAGCAUUCAGGUAUAUUCGUUUUUUCGCCAAUAUGUUUGCGAGCUCAAUUUAUAACUAAUAUACAUACAC